AAAAAAAAUUCCCUGUUACUAGAAUAUGCCCUUUCAAACAAUACUGAUUUGUUUGUCCUUCAGAGAGUCCUCCAGUAUCUACAUUAGCAAGUACCUGAUGGAUGAGGGCGCACACCUCCACAUAUACGAUCCAAAAGUACCCAGGGAACAGAUAGUGGUGGAUCUUUCCCAUCCAGGCGUCUCAGCAGAUGACCAAGUGUCCAGACUGGUGACCAUUUCCAAGGAUCCAUACGAAGCAUGUGAUGGAGCCCACGCCCUUGUCAUCUGCACUGAGUGGGACAUGUUUAAGGAACUGGAUUAUGAACGGAUUCAUAAAAGAAUGCUGAAGCCAGCCUUUAUCUUUGAUGGUCGGCGUGUCCUGGAUGGGCUCCACAGUGAACUGCAGACCAUAGGCUUCCAGGUAAUCAGGACUCUGGGCUGGCUUGGUUGGUUGGUUGGUUGGGUCUGGUCAUGGUUAUUUUCUUUUAGUUAUUAUUAUGUAUAUGUAUGCAUGGUUUUGGGUGGGGCAUGUGUGGAGGUCAGGGGACAACCAUGUUAGCCCGUCCCUCCCUCCUUCAGGUUUGUGCAGCAAGUACCUUUUCCCUCUGAGCCUCCUCAAUGGCCAUGGACGAUCUAUAAACCCACUGUGUGGGUUUCAGAGCGUCAUAUUUUCUAAGUUAGCAGUAGGACAGUAAGAUAACCAGGACAAGAGGCCCGUUCUCUGCAAAGUCUGGAGCUUUGGAAACUGUUCCAUGCCUUCCCGUUUGUAACCUAAGGUUGACUUCCUUCCCUUGGCAGUAGGAGGGUGUCAGGUGCCUAUCAUAUGGAAACAGCUUGUGCCCUCUCUCACCCCAUACCUGGAAGGUCAAGUAAGACGACCCACUGUGGUUACAUGAGUGUCAUACCCCAGUGAAGCCGUGGGUGAGGGGUAGGGUUUGACAGUGGUGGCCACUGAGAAAUGCUUCACCUAUCAGCAACACUGUCAUCCUCCUGUGAGAAUAGCUACCAUCCACCUCGCCAGGUACCCAUGGUCAUCACCUGGUGUUCCUCCGCAACUUUCAGACACUCAGUACUGUCUGUGUGCCAUGAGAAGUCUGAGGGGAGAAUAUGGGCCUUAGGACCCUCUUUCCAUUCACAUUCAUCGACGUGGCGCUCGGGAGAGCUGACAGAACAGGUCCAGAGCCUAUGUGUCCCACCUGUGUGUGUCUAUCUGUGUGUCCCACCUGCCCCUGCUGUGCCAGAGUUCUGCAAGUACUAACAAGUUUCACUUGCUGCCUCCUGGAGCCGUGUGGACACGGAGUAGAGGCUGCUGGCAGAGUAAUUUAUGGAAGGUUAAAAACAGUUGGUGGAGUUUUGAAUUUGGAUGUCUAAUUAUGGGGGGUCUUAGACAAGUUCACAACCCCAAAACACUGACGUGA